GCGGUCGGGUACCAGCAGAAUCAUUCAUUCCUUUGAGAUCACCACUCGAACUGAUUGCAGGGACUGCUUUUCCUGCCAUUCGUCUUUUCCCGUUUUUUCUACACUGUUUAAUAUGGGAGUUUAUCUAAGCACUCCCAAGACUGAUAAGGUCUCAGAGGAUGGUGAGAAUGACAGGCUUAGAUAUGGUCUGUCAUCCAUGCAGGGAUGGAGAUCAACAAUGGAAGACGCUCAUGCUGCUUUCACUAAUAUGGAUCAAUCCACUUCAUUCUUCGGAGUUUAUGAUGGCCACGGGGGCAAAGAAGUCUCCAGAUUUUGUGCAAAAUUUCUUCAUCGUCAGGUCCGGGAGCUUGAAGCAGCUAGUGAUCUGGAAACUUCAGUUAAAAAGGCUUUUCUAAGAAUGGAUGAAAUGAUGUGUGGAAAGAAUGGACAAAAGGAGUUGGCAUUAUUGAAGGGCAAAAUGGACCAGUCUAGUAGUGAUGCACAGAAUGCUCUCGGGACAGAUGAACACAAUGAACUGAUGCUGCAGUGGCCUUCUGAAGAGGGAACUCAUUCUGAUUACAAAGGCCCAAGUGCUGGAAGUACCGCUUGUGUUGCUAUCAUUCGAAAUAAUUCGUUGCUUGUUGCAAAUGCUGGUGACUCUCGGUGUGUCAUGUCCCGAAAUGGAAAGGCACAUGAAUUAUCCAAGGACCACAAACCAGAACUUGCAGUCGAGAAAAAAAGGAUACUUGAAGCUGGUGGGUAUGUACAAUAUGGAAGGGUGAAUGGCAGUUUGAACCUGGCACGAGCGAUAGGUGAUAUGGAACUGAAGCAAAAUAAGUCGUUGCCAGCUGAGAAGCAAAUUGUGACUGCAAACCCUGACAUAGUCACUGUUGAACUAGAAGAAGAUGAUGAGUUUAUUAUUAUAGCCUGUGAUGGGAUAUGGGAUUGCAUGACAAGUCAAGAAGCUAUCAGUUUUGUUCGGGAGCAGUUAAAAACUGAAAAGAAGCUAUCUGUGGUUUGUGAAAGAGUACUAGACAAGUGUUUGGCCCCAACAUCCGGACAGGAAGGCUGUGAUAAUAUGACAAUGAUCUUGGUGCAAUUCAAGAAACAACCAUCCUCGAAACAGCAGCCUGAGUCCUCAGUAAAGUAGAGCGAGACAAAUUGAACAGAGCGUAAUUGCAAGCACUUUGCGGUAACACAUUUUUCAACUACUUGCUAGUCAUUGAGUUCUAUUCACUUUCGCUGCCAAAUCAUAAUUGGAUUAUUAGUUUCUUUUAGGAAUAUUAUAUGCCUUUGUUGGCUGGCUGGCUAGUUAUGACACUUGCAUUAAAAAAAAAAAAAAAAGUUUGAAGAUGAAUUAAUCCCGAAUGACUUUUAUUAUCGAGUUGAAUGAAUAA